GGCGCCGGGAAGAGUUUAGCAUAAGGGAUUUCUUUCCAAGCCCAAUAUGACAGUUGCUACUGGAGAUCCUGCAGACGAAGCUGCAGCUCUUCCUGGUCACCCACAGGACACCUACAACCCCGAGACCGACCAUGAAUGCUGCGAGAGGGUGGUCAUUAACAUUUCGGGGCUGCGCUUCGAGACGCAGCUCAAGACUUUAGCCCAGUUCCCAGAGACUUUAUUAGGAGAUCCUAAAAAAAGAAUGAGGUAUUUCGACCCGCUCCGGAAUGAGUAUUUUUUUGACAGGAACAGACCCAGCUUCGAUGCCAUUUUGUACUAUUACCAGUCUGGGGGGAGGUUGAGGAGGCCGGUUAACGUGCCCUUAGAUAUCUUCUCGGAAGAGAUUCGUUUCUAUGAGCUGGGGGAAGAAGCCAUGGAGAUGUUUCGGGAGGAUGAAGGCUACAUCAAAGAAGAGGAAAGGCCGUUGCCUGAGAAUGAGUUUCAGAGACAAGUCUGGUUGCUCUUCGAGUACCCCGAGAGCUCAGGCCCUGCCAGGAUUAUAGCUAUUGUCUCCGUCAUGGUGAUUUUGAUCUCCAUCGUCAGCUUUUGCCUGGAAACUUUGCCCAUUUUUCGGGAUGAGAACGAAGACAUGCAUGGCAGCGGGCUGAGCCACCCCCCCUACUCCAACAGCAGCAUGGGCUACCAGCAGUCCACCUCCUUCACAGACCCCUUCUUCAUCGUGGAGACACUUUGCAUCAUCUGGUUCUCCUUCGAGUUCUUGGUGAGGUUUUUCGCCUGCCCCAGCAAGGCUGGGUUUUUUACCAACAUCAUGAACAUUAUAGACAUUGUGGCCAUCAUCCCCUACUUCAUCACCUUAGGGACGGAGCUGGCCGAGAAGCCAGAGGAUGGUCAGCAAGGCCAGCAAGCCAUGUCCUUGGCCAUCCUCAGAGUCAUCCGGCUGGUCAGGGUCUUCAGGAUCUUCAAGCUCUCCCGACACUCCAAGGGGCUGCAGAUCCUGGGCCAGACCCUCAAGGCCAGCAUGCGGGAGCUGGGCCUCUUGAUCUUCUUCCUCUUCAUCGGCGUCAUCCUCUUCUCCAGUGCCGUCUACUUCGCCGAGGCCGACGAGAGUGAGUCCCAGUUCCCCAGCAUCCCUGAUGCCUUCUGGUGGGCUGUGGUUUCCAUGACGACUGUUGGCUACGGAGACAUGGUCCCCACCACCAUCGGGGGCAAAAUCGUGGGUUCCCUGUGUGCCAUCGCUGGGGUAUUAACCAUUGCCUUACCAGUGCCCGUCAUAGUGUCCAACUUCAACUACUUCUACCACCGGGAGACGGAGGGAGAGGAGCAGGCUCAGUAUCUGCAAGUAACCAGCUGCCCAAAGAUCCCCUCUUCCCCUGACCUAAAGAAAAGCAGAAGUGCCUCUACUAUUAGCAAGUCUGAUUACAUGGAGAUUCAGGAAGGCGUAAACAAUAGCAACGAGGAUUUUAGGGAGGAGAACUUGAAGACAGCCAAUUGCACCCUCGCUAACACAAACUAUGUGAACAUCACCAAGAUGCUCACCGAUGUCUAG